UCUAGUCGUUUCAGAACUCCCAAGCAACACUCAAACACAGUGAGAGAGACAGCGAAGAUGGCGGCGAUGUUGGGUGGCGCCACUCCAUGGUCCAAGGUUGUUGCUGCUCCCAUUUUUCACCAAACCUACACUUCACGCCGCACCUUCUUCUUCCGAAGAGCCUUCUCAGUCACUGCACAUUCUUCACCACAACAACCUGUUCGUGUUCGUUUCGCUCCUUCUCCCACUGGUAACCUUCACGUUGGUGGUGCUAGAACAGCCUUGUUCAAUUACUUGUUUGCUAGGUCCAAAGGUGGGAAAUUUGUCUUGAGAAUUGAGGAUACUGACUUGGAGAGGUCUACCCGGGAAUCUGAGGAGGCCUUGCUUCGAGAUCUUUCUUGGCUUGGCCUUGAUUGGGAUGAAGGUCCCGGUGUUGGUGGGGAUUAUGGUCCAUAUAGGCAGUCUGAGAGGAAUUCUUUGUACAAACAGCAUGCUGAGAAACUCCUCCAAUCGGGUCAAGUUUAUCGCUGCUUCUGUUCUAAUGAGGAACUAGAGAAAAUGAAGGAGGUUGCUAAGCUAAAGCAACUACCUCCAGUAUACACAGGUAAAUGGGCCAGUGCGACAAAUGGGGAAGUAGAAGAAGAGCUCAAAAAAGGAACUCCUUACACCUACCGGUUUCGUGUCCCCAAAGGAAGUUUAAAAAUUAAUGACAUAAUACGAGGCGAAGUUGUUUGGAACUUGGAUACACUUGGAGAUUUUGUGAUAAUGAGGAGUAAUGGCCAGCCUGUUUAUAACUUUUGUGUGACAGUUGAUGAUGCUACCAUGGCUAUUUCUCAUGUCAUCAGAGCAGAGGAGCAUUUACCGAACACUCUAAGACAAGCAUUAAUAUACAAGGCACUAGAAUUUCCCAUGCCUCACUUUGCACAUGUUUCCUUGAUUUUAGCUCCUGAUCGGAGUAAAUUAUCAAAAAGACACGGAGCAACAUCAGUGGGUCAGUUCAAGGAGAUGGGAUACCUACCUCAAGCAAUGGUGAAUUACCUAGCAUUAUUAGGUUGGGGUGAUGGGACUGAAAAUGAGUUUUUCACUCUUGAUCAACUUGUUGAAAAAUUCACUAUAGAACGAGUCAACAAAAGUGGUGCUGUUUUCGAUUCCACAAAGUUAAGGUGGAUGAAUGGUCAGCAUUUAAAAGCACAGCCAUCAGAGGAGUUGAAAAGUCUUAUUGGAGAGCGGUGGAAGACAUGUGGCUUGCUUAACGAAUCAACAGGGCCCUUCAUAGAUGAAGCAGUUCAACUACUUAAGGAUGAGGUUUACUUGAUAACUGAGGCAGACAAGUCACUUGCUAACUUGCUGUCUUAUCCUCUACAUUCUACUUUGCAGAGCAAUGAAGCAGAAUCUGUCAUACAAGAUAAUCUUUCUGAUUUCUGUGCUAGCCUCUUGGCUGCCUAUGAUAGUGGUGAUCUGGUAGCUGCACUUGAAGAAGGCCCAGCUGGGUGGCAAAAGUGGGUGAAAGGCUUUGGUAAAUCACUUAAGCGCAAGGGAAAAUCACUUUUCAUGCCGCUCCGGAUUCUGCUGACUGGGAAACUACAUGGACCUGAUAUGGGAGCUAGUGUUGUUUUACUCCAUAAAGCUGGUACUACUGAUAUCAUAGCUCCUGAAGCUGGCUUUGUGACAGUGGAUGAAAGAUUCAAAAUACUUAGGGAAAUUAACUGGGAAACAUUGUCCAAGGAUAUUCCUGUGAAGGAGACUGCUGCUUCAGUCUAACUGAGAAUUCACUUUCAAGGUUUUACACUUGUGUUUGUAGACUUAAUUUUUUAUUUUGACAAGAGAAGACUUAUUUGUAAUUUUUUUGAGGAAUCUUGUUUAGUCAUAGUUUCAUAUUUUUUUGGAGUUAAAUUCAGGUGUUUACUUUUAGGCCCAUUAUUUUGAAUUGGAAACAUGAAUGUAUACGAGUUAGUUACCUUCCACGUUUAUUUUUGUGCUUUAAAAUGUUAUGGCAUCAUGCCAGUUUCGGUA